CAGGGCUCCCGGGGGAGGCUGCGGCCAUGGGGGACGAGCAUCCCAGCCAGGACGAGCGCGGCGACCCCAGCGUCUCCACCCACCCCAGCGCGUCGGUCCACCCCAGCGCCUCGGUCCACCCCAGCGUGUCGGUGCACCCCAGCGUGUCCAUCCACCCCAGCGUGUCGGUGCACCCCAGCGUGUCGGUGCACCCCAGCGUCUCUGCCCACCCCAGUACCUUGGCCCUGCGGGGCAGCCUGGCGCACCCCAGCAGCUCGGGCCCCGAGGACAGCGUGAUCAAGGUCAGCCGGCGCCGCUGGGCCGUGGUGCUGGUGUUCAGCUGCUACUCCAUGUGCAACGCCUUCCAGUGGAUCCAGUACGGCUCCAUCAGCAACAUCUUCAUGCACUUCUACGGCGUCAGCGCCUUCGCCAUCGACUGGCUGUCCAUGUGCUACAUGAUCACCUACAUCCCUCUGCUGCUGCCCGUGGCCUGGCUGCUAGAGAAAUUCGGCCUGCGCACCAUCGCACUCACGGGCUCGGCGCUCAACUGCCUGGGCGCCUGGGUGAAGCUGGGCAGCCUGCAGCCGCACCUCUUCCCGGUCACCGUGCUUGGCCAGAUCAUCUGCUCGGUGGCCCAGGUCUUCAUUCUGGGUAUGCCCUCGCGCAUCGCUUCCGUCUGGUUCGGAGCUAACGAGGUUUCAACAGCCUGCUCGGUGGCCGUCUUUGGCAAUCAGCUUGGAAUUGCAAUUGGGUUCUUGGUCCCUCCUGUUUUGGUACCCAACAUCAAAGACCAGGACAAGCUUGCCUACCACAUCAGCAUCAUGUUCUACAUAAUAGGAGGUGUGGCCACUCUCCUGUUCAUCCUUGUCAUCAUCGUAUUCAAGGAGAAGCCUAAACAUCCCCCGAGCAGGGCCCAGUCCCUGAGCUAUGCCUUGGCGUCCCCUGAUGCUUCAUACUUGAGCUCCAUCAUCCGGCUCUUCAAAAACCUCAACUUCGUGCUGCUUGUCAUCACAUAUGGUCUGAAUGCUGGUGCUUUUUAUGCCUUGUCCACUCUGCUGAAUCGUAUGGUGAUCUUGCGCUACCCGGGGGAAGAAGUGAACGCUGGAAGAAUCGGCCUGACCAUCGUCAUUGCAGGGAUGCUCGGGGCUAUGAUCUCAGGCAUCUGGCUGGACAGGUCCAAAACCUACAAGGAGACAACCCUGGUGGUGUACAUCAUGACUCUGGUGGGCAUGGUGGUGUACACUCUGACCUUGAACCUGGGACACCUGUGGAUAGUCUUCAUCACUGCUGGCACAAUGGGCUUCUUUAUGACUGGCUAUCUCCCUCUGGGAUUUGAGUUUGCCGUGGAGCUCACGUACCCAGAGUCAGAAGGCAUGUCAUCCGGCCUCCUCAACGUGUCCGCACAGGUAUUUGGGAUCAUCUUCACCGUCUCCCAGGGCCAGAUAAUUGACAACUUUGGGACCACGCCCGGAAACAUCUUCCUGUGUGUGUUCCUCGGCCUCGGCGCAGCCCUCACUGCAUUCAUUAGGGCGGAUCUCCGGAGGCAGAAGGCAAACAAAGAAACUCCUGAGACUAAGCUGCCGGAGGAGGAGGAGGAGGAGAGCAACACCAGCAAGGUGCCCACUGCUGUGUCCGAUGAUCAUCUCUGAGAGAAGAAGGUGGUGGCAACUCAGGGAGCCCAGCAAACAGCCACCUCGUCUUUGAGAACAGCUCUCACUGCCGGCUCAGAGGUCUUUGCUGGAGAAGCCUCAGGAGGGAACCGGCUGGAAUAUCUGUGGAUUGCAUGGCUGUGCCUCCUGGAACCCACUCAAGAGCUUGCACGGUUUACCCGGGGCCUUUCAUGAGAUGCAGUCCACUUGCUCCCCACCCCCUUUUAGGUCAUGGGAGCUGGUGCUGGGGCAGGCUGGAGGAGGACAUUGAGCACAUCCUACCUCGGCUCCUCGCCUUCCCUUUUUAACUCCAUGCUUGCAGAAUUAUCACAGGAAGAGAGCUUAUUCAGGAUUUUCACUUUUUCUAGUCUCCCAAGACGCCCAGGUGAAGCCGGCCCCUGAGGAGCCUUAAGGCAAGCUGCUGUGCCCAAGGGCCCUUCCUGGGUCAGCAGCCUGCCUAAUGCUGGGGUCUGCUUCCAGGUCCUCCUAAAGCUGACUGAACCAAACAUCAAUAAACUGGACACAAACAUUGUGUGGCCACUGAGGAUAAGCUGAGGUGGGAGGGCCCACUUCUCCGUGUGUCUGGGAGCUCUGGUGGCUUGUCUUGGGGAUGGGAGGGCUUCUUCUACACAAGUCCAUGGCCAGGGACUUCUGUGUCACUGUCACUGUCACCUCUGGAGGCUGCAGUGGGAAACACUGCCACGGGCCCUGCGAGGGCCAGCCCAGCCACCUCACCUGCAUCUUUCCUGAAAGCCAGUCCUGACUCAUGGCUCCUCUCCCAAGUCAAGUUUCCUCCUGAGAGCUGUGAAUGGAGGGACAGAAGAAAGGGGCCCCAGGGGGAAAUGAGUUUGCUGGAGUCCUGCCUCACUCACCUCUGCUGGGGUCAGGAUUUGCAUACACACCCCCUGCUGGCAGUAAUGUUUUGUUUAUCACUCUCAGGCAGGGGUGGGGAACCUUUUUUCUGGGAGGGCCAUGUGAAUAUUUAUAACACCAGCUUGCAGGCCCUACGGAAUUACCAGCUUAAAAAUUAGCCUGCUAUAGAUGGAAUGAAUUUUGAGUCUCACCUGCGGUUGCCUUGGCAGGGCCAGACCAGAUGAUGUGUGGGGUGGAUAUUCCCUACCACUCGCUAACUGUGAAGGGAGCCCUCAGCCAGUGUGGGCCAGCCUCCUUUCGGGCCUGGGCUACUGUCAAGCCUUUUCUCACGUGCUUCCUGAAUAAGAGAAAUGUUCUGUGCCUCACACAGCUGUGAUCUUGACCACUGUGCUGUUUUGCCUCGGCCGCUCCCCUGGCCUCAGCAAAUCAGAGCGGCCUGUGCUGGCUGCAGUGCUGGGGUGCUUGGACCCAUCUCCCGCAGGGAGCCGUGUGUGUG